GGAAGGCGGGGCGACCCCCAGGAACAUGGGGGAGGGAGGAGAGCCGUAGAAAGCGUAGCAGCCCGGAGUUUGAAUGAAGGAGACGGAAAUGUGCGUCUCUGUGAAUAACUAACCGCCCCCCACCCCCGGGCAGAAGAGAAGAGAAACUGGACUGGAGCUGAUUCGGUUUGGUUUGGUUUGAUUUGAGGGACGAUGCAGAAGAGCAGAUAGAAAAAAAGAAGAAGAAAAAAACAGAGGAGGACUUUGCUUUUAAAAUGGUGUUUUGUUGAGAGGGGUGGGGGUGGAGCUGCUCUGUGGUGUGAAAGAGAAGAGGAUAAAGGAGAUAUUCGGGUGAAACCGUGUUAACUUGGCGGAAAGCAAAGCGAGCCUUUUUUAAAUCUGUUUUUACGCGCUCUCCAUGAUAUCGAAGGCCCUUCGGUUUGGCUGUUUUCCCGGCCGAGCUGCUCCUGAGUGAUGAAUGAAAGUAUUCACACACUCAGCGGGGCUCUCGGCGCACUGGAGGAGCUGCAGACAGGGCUCAUGGGUCUCACACCACCCUCAUCUUAGCACACUUCGCCUUUUUUAAGCAUCGUUUUGGCGUUUUCCUUUAAGCCGAGCUGCCUUUUUGCUGCCAGAUAUCACGACGGAUCCACAGUUUGUCUAAACAGAGGAGAAGAAAACAAAACAAACCCGCAGCUCCUGGAUUCUCUUUGUGCUGCUGCGAGGCCAUCAGAGCGGCUAUCGAAGAAAGGUUAGUCCUCCCUCCUUCCUCUCGUCAGCCUCCAAAAUAGAUUCUCUCAGGAGUAAAGUUGAGCUGCUGAAGCUGCCGCUGGCUCUCUCUUCUAAAUCCAUCUCCGAGCGCAAAACUCAACUGGGCAGAGCAACAGAACGCCCCAGGGGUGGAGCUGGGGUCCACAAACCCCGCCCACCGGCCCCAGACAUGGACAACGAGUCGCAAUACUCGGGCUAUUCCUACAAAUCCUCCCAUUCCCGAAGCUCUCGCAAGCACAGGGAUCGGAGAGACAGGCACCGCUCUAAGAGCAGAGACAGCAGAGGGGACAAAUCAGUCACUAUUCAGGCUCCUGGUGAGCCCCUGCUGGACACAGAGUCCACACGCGGAGACGACAGAGAUGAUAACUGGGGUGAGACCACCACAGUGGUGACAGGCACGUCAGAGCAUAGCGUGUCCAAUGAGGACCUGACACGAGCAUCUAAAGAGCUGGAGGACUCGUCUCCUCUGGAGUGCCGACGGUUUGCUGGUCCUGUACUGAGUGGCAUUCUGGGCCUUUUUGCUCUGCUCACACCGCUGGCCUUCCUGCUGCUGCCGCAGCUGCUAUGGCGGGACUCGUUGGAGCCAUGUGGGACGCCCUGCGAGGGCCUUUAUGUGUCUCUGGCCUUCAAGCUCCUGGUCCUGCUUAUCUCGUCCUGGGCGCUGUUCCUGCGGCCACCUCGCGCCACCCUCCCGCGCUUCUUUGUCUUCCGCUGCCUCCUCAUGGCGCUCGUGUUCCUCUUUGUGGCCUCCUACUGGCUCUUCUAUGGAGUGCGAGUGCUGGAGCCCAGAGAGAAGGACUACAGGGGGAUUGUGGGAUAUGCGGUUUCUCUGGUCGAUGCCUUGCUGUUCAUUCAGUAUCUGGCCCUGGUGCUGCUGGAGGUGAGGCACCUCAGGCCGGCAUUCUGCCUUAAGGUGGUUCGCACCACAGAUGGAGCCAGCCGCUUCUACAACGUAGGACAUCUUAGUAUCCAGCGAGCUGCAGUUUGGGUGUUGGAUCAAUACUACAGUGACUUUCCUGUUUAUAACCCUGCUCUGCUCAACCUCCCCAAGUCCAUCCUCUCCAAAAAGAUGUCUGGUUUCAAGGUCUACUCCCUGGGUGAAGAGAACAGCACCAACAACUCAACCGGCCAGUCGCGGGCAAUGAUUGCAGCUGCCGCUCGCAGACGGGACAAUUCCCAUAACGAGUACUACUACGAGGAGGCUGAGAUGGACCGCAGGAUCCGCAAACGCAAGGCCAGACUGGUGGUGGCGGUGGAGGAGGCGUUCACGCACAUCAAGCGUCUUCAGGAAGACGAACAGGCCACAUCUCCAAAACACCCACGCGAGGUCAUGGACCCACGGGAAGCAGCUCAGGCCAUCUUUGCUCCGAUGGCCCGGGCCAUGCAAAAGUACCUGCGCACCACACGGCAGCAGCCCUACCACAGCAUGGAGAGCAUCAUCGCUCAUCUGCAGUUCUGCAUCACUCACAACAUGACACCCAAGGCAUUCUUGGAGCGGUACCUGACCCCUGGCCCGACCAUGCAGUACCAGAGGGAGAACGGCAGGGGUCGCCAGUGGACCCUGGUGAGCGAGGAGCCCGUGACGUCAGCGCUGCGUCAGGGCCUUGUGUUCUCGCUUCGUCGGCUUGAUUUCGCUCUGGUCGUUACAGUUACUGCCCUGCCCUUCCUUAACCUGGGAGAGGAGUUCAUCGACCCCAAGAGCCACAAAUUCGUCAUGAGGCUGCAGUCUGAAACGUCAGUGUAGGGAGAGGUAAAAAUGACAGAAAUAGAGAACAGGAGGAGAAUGGGAAAAAGAGGGAUUGUUGGUAUAGAGCUGGCGAGAGGGAGAGAACCACUUCUUUUUUUAUUCUAUUUUUUAUCAUUGAGGCUUUCCAUUGGCCUGUUUUUAUACUAAGUGAAUGCCCAUCCCUCAGAGACUGUUUUGAACUGAAUGGUUCUUUCUACAUUUCUGACUGAAAAGACUGUUGGCAUUCCCACCUCUACAUAAUUCCUACAGCUGCAGGCAGGCAGUGCUACACUGUGUGUACAGUUUGUGUCAGUGUCUUCUGGCUCCAGUUCUGGAGGGCCACAUCACUGCUCUGGAACACCUUAUAUGUCUCUUUCAGAUAACAGUCAAAACCUUUGUGUUUGUGUAAAAGGAAGUGAAACUGCGCAGUGCUGAAGCCCUUUAAGACUACAGUGGAGAAGUGACGGUUUACAUAAAUCAGUUUUACGAAAGAGUCCUCGCCCAGGAAGAUGUUUGGUCAGAGCUGUAACAACGGUCACUUUUCUGUAGAAGUUGACUGAGAGAUUUCAUGGAAACCCGAACGAUGUUUCUUUGAUGGGGGAGGAAUUUCCUCUUUUAUAACAUAUGUGACCACUAUCAAAUACAGCAACUGUAAAAGCAUGGAGCAAGAGUGACCACCAGCUUGGCAUGGAUCGAUUAAAGGGAAAUUCCACCAGUUUUUCAAAAAUUCUGCCUAAUUCAGUUGAGAUGUAAACAUAGUAAUUCAGAGUGGUUUGAUGCAAGACGGUUCUUUGAAGAGAAAUUUAGAUUCAGAUAUCUUAACAGGGGUGUUGAUAGGAACCAGGGGUUGCAAUGCUAAUGCAGUAAUACGGCUAAUUUAUUCAAUAUUCAAAACCAUUGAACAUGUGUCUUCUGAUUGUAGUGUUUAUUAUGGUAAAAUAGUGCUAAAACUAGUGGGGGUGGGAGGAAUUUUCUAUUUUGAAAAGAAUUUUCCAUUUUGGAACUAUUUUGCCCUACAUGUACUGCCAUGACUGACUGGGUCCUUAAUUUUUUUAUGAUAGAGUAAAUCUAUCAUAAAACCAUGUCUCAGACCAUUAAACUCCUCAGACGUCUGGUUCCUAUCACCACCAUUGUGAACAAUUCUGGCUCGCUGCGUUUUCCUAAAACAGAGUGUUUCACAUUAAAGCACUCUGAAUUACUUUGUUUACAUUUUAACCAUCUAAUUAUGCUCAAGUUUUGAAAAUAAUAGAAAUUCCCCUUUAAGAACAUCAUGAGAAAACAGCUACUAACUCUGCAGCGUUAACUCAAGGAAUAAUUCAGUUAGCUUUCAGGCAUAUAGUGAAACAAAGCACAUUAUUAAGGCUAAUAUAUAUUAACUUACAUGCUUAAAUCACAGAUGUCAUGGUAUAAGCUUGGGGUGGGCUUCAUUCCAUGCUGAGCAAGAACCAAAACUGAAUGGACUGAGCCGAGUCGUGCUAAAACUGUCCAUACAGUGCAGUCAUAUGUGAACACUAUCGUCCUAAUAUAAUGGAAAUCUCUGAUAUGCAACUAGUGGAAUCCACUUGUGAUUCAGGUGACAUAAACACUAACAUUGCUCCAUGCUGGCUGUCCGAUUGCAAGUAUCAGGUGACGGCUGCUUCAGAGACCUCAGUACAAAUCAUUAACCUUGUCGACACUACUGGAAUUUUGAGAAAAGAACUGGACCACUACACGUCUCUGCACAGAGAGGUUAUUGCUUAUUUACAAUCAGCCUUUCUCUCCAUAUCAUUUCCUCCUAAAUGUAUGUAAAUAGGGACCCAGAUUGCAAGGGCUCAUGUGAAAGCAUAUCCUUUAUUCUUUGAGAAAAGGUUUUGCCUUGAUCUUUGGAUCUCUCUCUUGAAUGUGUUGAAACGGUUCACCCAAAAAUGCUGAUGUUGCUGAUAAAGAAGAAAAAGUUGGUGAGGGUCUGUUAGCAUUAUGCAAGUGAGAUUGUGCUAACUGGGCUGUAUUAGCUUUUCUUCAUUCAUUCAUGUUAAUGUUUCAGGGUGAACUAAGUCUUUGCUGUCUUGUGUCUUGCAAUGUUUUUAUUCUAAAAAAAUCAAGGGGCCUUUUUAAUGUUUAUUUGUUUACAUUGCAUUAAAAAAACAACAAAAUGCUGUCCAUAUACCAGCAAAGGUGCCUGUCCUCCUCGCUUUUCAUCAGAAUGAGGACGUGGGAAACCAGUUGCCUAUUUUUAUGUUGAAGUGUAACGUGUGUCAGAAAAAGGAUGCAAAACCAGAAUGGUUUCAAAGUGAAUGUGUGCCAAAACAUUUCAUUCCAAUCAUAAUGCAGAUCCUCUUCCAGACCUCAUGUUCCCUUCAUGCACUCAUGUAGCAUAUAGUAUGAUAUUUCAGUCACUUAUGAUGAGCCUUGGACACCAGGGGGCGUGCUAACACUCACUCCCGUAGCACUGGUGGACUUUUGCCUUAGAAUAUAUGCGUAUACCAUAGUUCACACCCUGGUCUCCAGUGAGUGGCUUCAGACGCUUCUGAAGUCAUUCUUUGUUUUGGCAGCUUUGAGUCACUGUAGGUUUUUCCUUUUGUACAGAACUCUAAUCCUCAUGAUUGAUUUUUAAAUCCACACUGAGGCGUCAGACUGAAACACUACUUCAUGUAGGUUGUUUUUAAAAUGAACCUGAGAACAACUUUUCUUCCUUAGGCCUAAUGCAUGCACAUAGCUAAUGAAGUUUUGUAAGUUUUUGUAUUCUUUGCCUUGUUUUUAUUAUGAUCUAUUAAAGUGAAGCUAAGCCUUUAACCUUUUUCCCAAAAAAAAGAAAAAAAAACUGAAAAAAGAUGUAAAGAGAUUUGUAGAUUUGUUAUUGUGUGAAGUUUUCUUUUGCAUUUGAUAAUUUUAGAACUAAAAUGUUGCAGCCUUUUUAAUAAAUGAUCUCAACACAG